AUGACGACGACGCAGGAGCUCGCGAUGGAAGGGGAGAAGCAUUUGGAACAGACUAUCGAAUCCGCUUUUAAGAUCAUUUCCUCUAUGAAUGAUGAGCUUUGCAACCCUUCUCUGUGGUCUACACCAACAACCACCGCGGCUUCCAACGGUAAUAGUCUCGUUUCCUCCGACGCGGCUGCCAAUGACGGAGCACCGAAUCAUUCGGAAUCUGGAGGAGGAAGUGGGAAUAGUGCUUUGGAUGAAGCUAGUCUUCGUUAUAAGAACUCUGUUACUUCUCUUCGUGCUGUUCUUGCCGCGAUUCCCAAUUCACAGAAAGCCAAAGCAUCUGGAACUGAAAACGGUUUAAAGACUCCUGAUAGUGAAGAAGAGAUUGAAAAGUUGGAGGAGCAUGCCUUAAGUCUCAGAAAGGAGAUUGCAGAGAAGAAUGUUCAUGUUAAAGAACUUAUCGACAAGUUUCGAGAACUUAUAGCAGAUAUCUCCACCUGGCAAAGCCCUUGUUCUGUUUGA